AAUAUCCUAUUUUGCAAACUUUAAGGAGUCACUAGAUUUUCUUUUGAGGACUCCACUGAACAACAUGUUUCUUUUCAGGACUCUAAAAUAUUCCAAAUUUCAUGCAAGGACAUUUUACUCUGACUACUAUAAAUAGCCACAUUUUUCAAUAGCCUUCACAUCACAAAACACAAAAUCCCAUUUGCAUUAUUUGCUAGAUAUCUCCUGAUUUAAUUAUAUUUUGUUGAUUUUUUUGUGGGAAGAUGACUAUUCUCAUUGAGCAGCCUGAGUACGGUUUACAAGUGGAGGAGAAAAAAGUCCCAUUCAACCCCAAUGAACUUAUUUUGGACGGUGGAUUUGUGGAACCAAAGACAUUAAUGCCUUCUGAUGAUGGAUUUGAAGUGCCAGACAUAAACGCAUUUGGUCAAUCAUUUAGGGAUUAUAAUGCAGAAAGUGAGAGACAAAAGACAGUGGAGGAAUUUUACAGGGUUCAACACAUUAACCAAACCUAUGACUAUGUGAAAAGAAUGAGAGAAGAAUAUGGCAAAUUGAACAAAAUUGAAAUGAGUAUUUGGGAUUGUUGUGAACUUCUAAAUGACGUGGUUGAUGAUAGUGAUCCUGAUUUGGAUGAACCACAAAUUGAGCACUUACUACAAACUGCUGAAGCUAUUAGGAAAGAUUAUCCAAAUGAAGAUUGGCUUCAUUUGACUGCCCUCAUUCAUGAUCUAGGGAAAGUGCUUCUUCUUCCAAGUUUUGGAGGGCUUCCUCAAUGGGCUGUUGUUGGAGAUACAUUUCCUCUUGGUUGUGCUUUUGAUGAAUCAAUUGUUCACCACAAGUAUUUUAAGGAAAAUCCAGACAUCAAAAAUCCUAUUUACAACACAAAGAAUGGAGUAUAUCAAGAAGGUUGUGGACUUGACAAGGUUGUUAUGUCAUGGGGACAUGAUGAUUAUAUGUAUUUGGUCUCCAAGGAAAAUGGAACUACUCUUCCUUCAGCUGCUUUGUUUGUCAUCCGUUACCAUUCUUUCUAUGCAUUACAUAGGUCAGGAGCUUACACACAUUUGAUGAAUGAGGAGGACAGAGAGAACAUGAAGUGGCUCAAGAUUUUUAACAAAUAUGAUUUAUAUAGCAAGAGCAAAGUUCGAAUUGAUGUGGAAAAAGUCAAGCCAUACUAUCACUCUCUCAUUGAAAAGUAUUUCCCAACAAAGCUCAGAUGGAGAAAGGCAUAAGAAGCAUUAUGGUGAUGACUGGGUCCACGGUGGUAGAGUAGAUACAUAUAUAAUUGGUUUAAGAAAUAAAGCUAUUUACAGCUGUAUUUCACAUCCCUUUGUUGAUUAUUGAUGUAAUAUUUUACUUUCGAAAUGUCAUUUUCUAUUUUUUCAUUUAAAAAAUGUAUUUGUCUCUUUCAUUCAUGAAUAAAUUCCAUUGACAGUUCCGAAA